GCCGUGAAAAAGAAGUUGAAAUACCUGGUUUGGAGGCCGAAUCUGUACUGACCAUUACCAAAACAGUGACCACUGUCCAGCGAGAGGAGCAGGUUGUCUCCCAGCAGGUCAGGCCUGUGUUUGUGGCCCCACUGGAGCCAGAGAUCUACGUGAGGGAGAGAGGAAUUGCCAGGCUGGAGUGUCGUGUGGACGCAGCACCAGCUCCCAUUAUUACAUGGUUUGUGAAUGGCAUGGAGAUUAAACCCUCGCCUCAUUAUGAGAUACGUUAUGAGGAUGGCAAGAGCAUUCUCCUCAUUAUUGAAGUUGGACCACAGGACACAGGAGAGUACACCUGCACAGCUACCUCUGAGCUGGGUGAGGCUGUCAGCUCCACCACUCUCUAUGUGCAAGAACCUGUGCAGACAGAUGCCCACAGACCUGAGGAUACAUCUACUUUGUUACCGUCUCCUGCCCAGACCCUGUCGCCCCCUGUCUUCUUGGAGUCCAUGAAGGAUGUUGUUGCUGUUGAUGGACAGGAGUUACACUUGAAGUGUCGUGUCAGUGGCACACCCAUGCCGACAAUCUCAUUCUUCCAUGACAGCAAGAACAUUGAUGACGAUGAAGAGUUUGUCAUUUCUUACAAUCCAGAGACAGGAGAGGUAUGUCUCAUCAUUGUGGAGGUGUUCCCUGAAGACCAGGGUCAGUACAUCUGUGUGGCCAGGAACCCAGCAGGACAGGCUACAACAUCGGCCUACCUGUCAGUUCAAGAAACCAAGGAGAUCACCAUGGAGCUGGAAGCUGAGCAACCUCAGGAGGAGACCAUCACUAUAGAUACAACAGUUCCACAGAAAAUUGAGUUCAUCAUUAAACCACAAGAGGAAGCUCCCUUGAGAACCAAACCCCAACCAUCAGAGGUGACAGAGGAUGUCGUCAUGGCAGAUGUCAUUGACAGACCCAAGGUUGUGGAAGCAUUCUUGGAGAAGGUGACACAGGUGAAAGAAAUCACUGUCCCUGUGGUGCCACAGCCUGAGAUAUCAGAGAUCACGUUCCCAGUAGAACCUGCAGCUGAGGUACCAACUGUUGAGAAAGAGGAAGUGACUUUGAUCAUUGAGCAGGGCUCAUCAGAGCAGAUCCAAGUUCUACCAGAAGAACCGCUAGAGGUUUCCAAGAUGGAAAUUGAUGUAACCGACUCAGGGAUUCCCACACCACCUGAUGCUGGCCCUCUUGAAGAGGAGACCAGUAUCCAGACUGUGAUUGGUGAGGUGCAGGACUUUGAACAGCCUCCACAGCAGAUCAUACCAGAACAGGCACCUGAUGAAGUGGCACCAGAGUUUGUAGAGAUGCUGCAGCCUCAGGUGGUCGGUGAUGGAGACAGUUUAAGAAUGACCUGCCGCCUGAUUGGCUCGCCAACACCUGUGGUGACCUGGUACAAGAAUACCACAGAGAUCAACACAGGGCCAGACAUCAGGCUUUACUAUGAGCCAGAGACUGGUCUGUGUGUGCUAGAGGUCACUGAAGUGUUCCCUGAUGAUGCAGGAGAGAUCACCUGCCGAGCUCAGAACCAGUUUGGGGAGGCCAUGACAACUGCAACCUUAAUUGUACAAGAAACUGAGGAGACGGAGGUGACAACCACUGAGGAAACCAUCACCACCAGUUUUCAAGUGGAGGAAGGCAUAGAAGAGGAGACUGAGGUCAAAGUCAUUGAGGAGAAGCAUGUAACCACACUGGAAGUCUCUCCCAACUUCAGCAAACCUCUGCAACCUUACACACAGGUGGAUGAAGGAGGAACUGUCAGAUUUGAGGUCAUUGUGGAGGCUGAACCAGAAGCCACAGUGAAGUGGUACAAGAACGAAGUUCAGAUUUUCCAUUCACCACGGGUUGAGGUGAUCCGCGAGAAGAAUGUUCACAUCCUGCUCAUCACAGAUGUACGACCAGAGGACUCUGGGGACUACAUAUGUGAGGCUGAGAAUAUUGUGGGCAGAACAGUGUGUAAAACCACACUCACAGUUAAUCCUCUUCAGCGUAUGGAGAUUGAAAUUCAGCCUGAAGAAAUGCCAAGAGAGCAACCAGCAACUGAACCCAAACGUGAGAUUGCACCUGAAGAACCCAAGCCCACAGAGGAAGCACCCAAGCAAGUGCCCCAAGAGACUGUAGCCCCAGAAGAAGGUCUGGAGGGACAACCACCACGAUUCACCCAGCUUCUGCAGCCUCUGACCGUCAGAGAUACACAGCGAGUUGAACUCACAGUUCGAUACACUGGUGUCCCAUCUCCUACCAUCACCUGGUACUUCGAUGGCAGCCCUAUCUUGCCCAGUUCAGACUUCCAGAUUACCAUUGAUGUGGAGAGAGGGGAGAGUACUUUGAUUAUUGUAGAGGUAUUUCCAGAAGAUGAGGGUGAAUACACCUGUAUUGCUGUCAACCCAUUCGGAGAGUCCAUCACAACCUGUCGUCUGACUGUCAUUA